GGGGCAAGCUGGAGAACCUAGAGCAGGUCCUGCAGCACAUGCGAGAGGCCGCGGGGCGGCGACAGCAGCUGGAACUGGAGCAUGAGCAAGCCCUGGCCGUGCUCAACGCCAAGCAGCAGGAGAUCGACCUUCUGCAGAGGGCUCAGGUCGAAGCGAAGAGAGAACAUGAAGGAGCAGUGCAGCUGCUAGAGAGCAGGGUGCGGGAGCUGGAGGAGCAGUGCCGCGCGCAGAGCGAGCAGUUCAGCCUGCUGUCCCGGGGCCUGGAGGUGCUGCGGCGGGCCGGGACCACCGACCUGCUGGGCAGCCUCCCGCCGGCCCCCCUGGGAGUGCCCGCGCCCCCCGACAAGCCCUUCCCACACUUCAUGAACGGACUCGCCGCCUCCUUCGGCAAAGGCCGCGAGAGCACGGUGGGGGGCCCCACUGUGACCAGGGACCUCAUCGGGCCCCUCCCGCUCCCUGGAGACUCACCACUGUCCGCCAGGCCUGCCUUUCUGUCCAGGUCCAGCAGCCCAAGAUGCAGAUUUGAAGCAGACAUGGACAAUGACCGGAGUCCCAGCAGCUCCAAGCAGAGAUACUCAGGGAAGGUCCACCUGUGUGUCGCCCGCUACAGCUACAACCCCUUCGAUGGGCCGAACGAAAACCCGGAGGCUGAGCUGCCCCUCACGGCAGGGAAGUACCUGUACAUCUACGGGGACAUGGACGAGGACGGCUUCUACGAAGGUGAGCUCCUGGACGGGCAGAGGGGCUUGGUACCGUCCAACUUCGUGGAUUUUGUCCAGGACAGCGAGUCCCGCUUGGCCGGCACGCUGGGGAGCGAGCAGGACCAGAACCUCAUCAACCAUUCGGGGCUGGGCUUGGAGGGGGGGCGCAUUCUGGACCUGCACUCGCCCACGCACACGGACCUGGGUGUCCCCGCUGACACGGGGGCGCCGGAGGUGAGCCUCGACGACGCCGGAGAAGACACCGUGCCUUACCCUCGGAAAAUCACCCUGAUCAAACAACUCGCCAAAAGUGUCAUUGUGGGCUGGGAGCCCCCGGCCGUGCCGCCGGGCUGGGGCGCCGUGAGCAGCUACACGGUGCUGGUGGACGCGGAGCCCCGCCUCAGCCUGGCCCUGGGCAGCAGGACCAAGGCCCUGGUGGAGAAGCUCAACCUGGCGGCCUGCACCCACCGCAUCUCCGUGCAGUGCGUGACCAGCCGGGGCAGCUCGGACGAGCUGCGGUGCACGCUGCUGGUGGGCAGGGACGUGGUGGUGGCGCCCUCCCACCUGCGCGUGGAUAACAUCACGCAGAUCUCCGCCCAGCUGUCCUGGCUGCCCACCAACAGCAACUACAGCCACGUGAUCUUCCUCAAUGAGGAGGAGCUGGACAUGGUCAAGGCCGCCAGGUACAAGUACCAGUUCUUCAAUCUCAGGCCCAACAUGGCCUACAAGGUCAAGGUCCUGGCCAAGCCCCACCAGAUGCCCUGGCAGCUGCCCCUGGAGCAGAGGGAGAAGAAGGAGGCCUUCGUGGAGUUCUCCACACUGCCCGCAGGUCCCCCGGCUCCCCCGCAGGACGUCUCCGUGCAGGCCGGGGCCACCCCCGCCACCGUCCUGGUCUCCUGGAAGCCGCCCACCUUGACGGCCGCCGGCCUGUCCAACGGGGCCAGCGUCACGGGCUACGGGGUGUUCGCCAAAGGCCAGCGGGUGGCUGAGCUCAUCGCACCCACAGCAGACAGCACGGCCGUGGAGCUGGCCCGCCUGCACAGCCUGGACGCCAAGGCCCUGACUGUGCGGACCCUCUCUGCGCAGGGGGAGUCGGUGGACUCUGCCCUUGCUGCCAUCCCUCCCGACCUCCUGGUGCCUCCACCGCCCCACCCCAGAGCUGUGCCCAUGCCGAAGCCAUCAGCAAGUGCCGGAGCCCCCGAAACCAAAGAUGACCACCUGGGUCCCCACGCCCGGGCCAACGAGGGCUGGGAGCAGGGCCGGGCGCCCCCUGCCCACGGGCGCAGGCUGGAGCUGCCCGCCGGCCCCGGGCGGCGCUCGCCCUCGCCCAGCCGCAUCCUGCCGCAGCCCCAGGGGGCCCCCGUGUCCACCUCCGUCGCCAAGGCCAUGGCCCGGGAGGCUGCGCAGAGAGUGGCCGAGAGCAGCAGGUCAGAGAAGAGGAGCGUGUUCCUGGAGAGGAGCUCGGGGCGCUACGCCGACUCUGACGAGGAGGAUGGCUACUGCUCCCCGGAACCCCCGCGCCGGGGCACCUCGGUGGACGACUUCCUGCGGGGCUCGGAGCUGGGCAAGCAGCCGCACUGCUGCCACGGCGACGAGCAGCACACGGAGAGCAGCCGGGGCUCUGACCUCUCCGACAUCCUGGAGGAGGACGAGGAGGACCUGUACUCGGAGAUGCCGCUGGAGGACGGCGGCCGGAGGCGGCCCAGCGGCACGUCCCACAACGCCCUCAAGAUCCUCGGGAACCCGGCAGCGGCCGGCCGGCCGGACAGGGCGGACCCCGUGGGCCGGAGGCUCUCCCACGGCGGCGUGGGUGCCCAGCGGGCCCGGCCGGCGGCCGGCCCGGCCAUCGAUGACUACGGCGGGCGGGAGGGGCUCUCCCCGGACUUCUACGAGGAGUCGGACACCGACCCUGGCGCCGAGGAGCUGCCCGCCCGGGUCUUCGUGGCUCUUUUUGAUUACGACCCCCUCACCAUGUCCCCGAACCCCGAUGCGGCGGAAGAGGAGCUCCCCUUUAAAGAAGGCCAGGUCAUCAAGGUGUAUGGGGACAAAGACGCGGACGGGUUCUACCGCGGGGAGACGUGCGCGCGGCUGGGCCUCAUCCCCUGCAACAUGGUCUCCGAGAUCCAGGCGGACGACGAGGAGAUGGUGGGCCAGCUGCUCCGCCAGGGCUUCCUCCCGCUCAACACGCCGGUGGAGAAAAUAGCGGAGCGGCGGCGCGGCCGGCGGCCCUCGGCGUGCACGGGCAGGAUGGUGGCGCUGUACGACUACGACCCCCGCGAGAGCUCGCCCAACGUGGACGUGGAGGCUGAACUGACGUUUUGCACGGGGGACAUCAUCACCGUCUUCGGGGAAAUCGAUGAAGAUGGAUUUUACUACGGGGAGCUGAACGGGCAGAAGGGCCUGGUGCCCUCCAACUUCCUGGAGGAGGUGCCUGACGACGUGGAGGUCUACCUGUCGGACGCGCCCUCGCACUACUCCCAGGACGCCCCAGCGCGCGCCAAGGCCAAGAGGAAGAAGAGUGUUCAUUUCACACCCUAAGCAGGCCCCGUAGCCUUCACGUGAGUGGCCACCGAAGACCCCGUAGCCAUACCAGCUUCCGCUCCCUGGCGGCCGGACGCGGCGGGCUCGGGGUCGCUGUGGGGCUGCGGGAAUAAGAAAUAUGUCUCUCGAGGCCGCUGGGCCCGGAGUGCCGGCCUGAUGCUCCCGGGGCCCCGCGACCGGGCCGGCGGCGCGGGCUCCUCUCCCAGCGUCCGCGGCAGCGGAUUUGAGGCCGUCCCUGGGGACAUAUUUCUUAGAGGCCGACGGUCCGUGCCCGCGGCGAGUGUCCCCGUGUCCGCUCCCGCCUCGGCCCACAUUGCAUUGUCAGCCCCUCUUGGAAAAGCACAACCUCGCACGUUUACCAGGACACCCCCCUUUAAGGCACAGGCGCCGGCCGCGGGCUGGGGCACGUGCUGGG